AAUAGUUUUUUCGUUGCAGUAAAGUACAGCGUAUACUUAUAUAUUUUUACAAUUCCGUAACAUCUAAAAAAAAAAGAAACCGAAUUUGUGAAGCUGCUGGAAUUGUCUGCUGGUGUGGUGGUUAGUAGGUCGUCGACACAUCAACUUUGCCCGUCCUCGUCCUGCGAUUUCCGGAACAACUUGACGCAUCCGCUAUUUUGCCACAAGAGAGACAGAGAGUAUGCUAUCAUAAUAGAAGAGUUUCACCAGGUGUAUUUUUUUCAUCACAAAAAAAACAAUGGCCCAAAGUUUUUCUGAGUUGAUGAAAAAUCUGAAAAAGAGAGCUAGUGUCGAUUUGAAACAGAAAAAACCACAAGACAUAGUGGAACGACUAGCCAAGAUGUAUCAAGAGGGAAUAUAUAAUAAAAAAAAACAAGAUUUUGCACAUGCAUACAUAUUUUUUAAGAGGUGGCAGUUAUGCGUUGAGUGGUUACAAAAACGAAAUUUGGAUAAUGAGACUGUUCAAAAACACUAUUCUCCUAAACAAAUAGAAAACGUUAGGAGUCUUAUACUGGAUGUGAGAUUAAGGAUUGAAAAAGACUACAAUGCUAAGCUCAGGAGUCAAAACUCAAAGUCCAGUAGCUCACAAACUUCCGGUGCGUGUGAUGAUGACAUCGAUCUUAUAUUGCCUGACGUCCCUAAUGAUGAACCACAACCAAAAGAAAAAGAUGUCAGUGAUCAGUCAAAAAAAAGUACAGGUCAUCAACAAAUUACUUGUACCGAAUUACUAGAAAGUUUGAUGAAACCUAACAAACUGUCUAGUAAAAAAGUGGUUGUUAUUGACAUGAGAACGUCGGAAGAGUUUAGCAAAUCAAGGAUCUCGUUUCAAGACAAUUUAAUAAAUAUUCCAGGAAAAAAUUUUGACCCUAAGUACCCAGUUAAUUAUCAUCACAAUCAUCUUUUAAAUGACAAAGACAUAAUGAUUCAACUUGAUACAAAAAUUUCAAAUUUAACGGAAUUAAUUGUGAUUCUUGACUCAAGUUCCUCUUCUGAAAAUUUGGACUGUAAUAGUCCACUGGUUUUGUUUAAAAACUGUUUAGAAAAACUUAAGCUUAAUUCAAAGUACAGUAAGACAGUUGUUUUGAAGGGUGGCUUUGAAGAGUGGAUAAAAACUUAUCCAAACUAUGUUAAACCUAUAGUGAAAGAUCAUUCUCUGGUUUUACUUGAUGAUUCUAAUGAUGCUUCAGGUGAUAUUAAUUUCUUUACAACACAGAAUGAGUAUCCCGCAUCACCGAUUUUAUCUGGCAGGCAUAGACCUGGUAACGUUACAAAGACCUUGUCAUCGAUUAAUUCUCUAACUUAUGAUACGCCAAAAAGUAUACCUAUCAACAGCAAUUAUUUUACCCCAAAUGACAACACAGGAAAAUUUCCGUCUGAUCGUUUACCCCAUGUUACUAUUCAACCUUUGGAUCUAACUGAUUCACAGAUAAUGAUGCUGAACAAUAGAAACGCGUCAGUACUAUUCACACCGAUCCAGGACAAUACGUCUUUCAGUCCGCCUGUUUCGGUGAAUGGCGGCUAUUACGAGAAUGGAGUAAGCAGCAAACAACAAAGUUUGCUUAACCAUAUGAAGGAACCAAAGGUGAUUUUACAAAAGUUAGACUGUCCAUUGAAAAAGCCUUUUGUCGAUCGAAGCAACAAGCCGGGCAACAAGAAGCUAAAUGAAGAUAUAGCUGAUGCUGUAAACGAACUAGACAAAGUCGAGGAUGAUAUUGCAAAAAUGGAAAGAGAUUAUCCAACAUUUGAUAAGUGGUUACGAGAGGACUAUGAGGUUCGAAUCAAGAGGAGAGACGAAUUGAUGAAAAAAUUGGCCAAUCUCCGAAAAUCACAGGGUAACAAGUUGUAUCCUGACUUGACGAAUAUGUCGAACAUAUCGCUAGAGUCCAAGAAAAAAGUUCAAUCAGUCCGACCAAUGAAACCAAGUUUCAGUGACGAGAAGGAAAAUAUACAAAAGAAUUGGGAGAGAGUGGAAAAGAUGGUUGUGGAGUUGGAGCCUUCUACGCCACCAGACAUGGAAGUUGACGAUGAAGAAAUUUAUAAAGCGCCCUUGAAACGCUCCUACUCUAGUCCUAACCUUGUCCAGGAAAAAGAGGAUCGAAGGAUCAUUCCUGAAAUAGAUAGGUCGUCAAAGCCUCGAUUGGAAAGUGCGAAAAAAAAAUACUUUGUGCUGGCAACUAAAGACAGGAUGCACAACUUGAAUGCAGUUGACAGCUCUUCUUACCAUCCGGGUAUAACGGGCCUGAAGAAUUUGGGCAACUCGUGCUACAUGAACAGUAUCAUCCAGUGCCUGAGCAACACCGAAUACCUGGCCAAUUACUUCAACGAAAACGCGUACACGGACGAUCUCAAGGUGGAGAAGAACUUUACUUGCGUGGCCGAGGAAGUGGCGCACGUUGUCAAGGCCCUCUGGAGGGGCACCUACAAGAGCAUAUCACCUUUGGAUCUCAAGGUAGUCGUGGGGCACUACAAGUUGCAGUUCAAAAAUCACGAGCAACAAGACUCCCACGAGUUCCUAACGUUCCUCCUCGAAUGGAUGCACAACGAUCUGAAGAAGAAAAGCAAGCUGUCGUACAACAGGCCAAUGACGACCAUAGAGAGCGAGUGGGAGAAAUCCAUGAACGGGCAGAGUUCUAUGAUUUCGAAGCUCUUUUUUGGUUUGCUCAGGUCUACCGUUCAAUGCCUUUAUUGCGAAAAAAACAGCACCACUUAUGAGACAUUCAACAGUCUCACCAUGUCUUUGCCGGUGUCAAACAAGUGCACUUUGGAUGAGUGCUUGAGAAAAUUCGUUAGCGGCCAGAAAGUCUCAGGUUGGAACUGCCCGAAUUGCAAGGUGCCGCGCGAAGGCGAGAAGAAAUUCGACAUAGCCAAAUUGCCGCACAUCGUUGUCAUUCAUCUAAAUCGCUUUGGCGACACCGGUGGUUGGUUCGAGAAAAAAAAUACUGCUGUCGACUUUCCUCUGCUCAAAUUUGAUCUUCGGCCGUACCUCGUCUCUGAUGAAGAUACCAUCAACAACGCCCAAAGCUCGUGCUACAAUUUGUACGCCAUUUCUAAUCACUACGGCACCAUGGAUCGAGGACACUACACAGCCUACUGCAAGAGCAGCGCUCAAAACAAAUGGUACAAAUACGAUGACCAUGCGGUGAGCGAAGUCCCUCAAAGUCAAGUAAAAAGUCAAAGUAGCAGUGCAUACUUGCUGUUUUACACGUCUAUAUCCAACGGCGUUUCAAGGGAGUGAGCGAAACGUGAGAUGGCCGCAGCGAGCGCAGCGGGAAAUAAAUUUUAUGUCGUCGAUGCGACAAUAUCCCGCGAGGAACGUGGGAAUAAAGUCUUUAUUGACUGGAAACUAAAAAGUAACGAUAAAAGUAAGACACAUGCGUGGAUGCGUUCUCAAAAUCAACAGUACCGCGUGGAAUUUCGGUAAAAAGUGAGUACUGGUAAUUUAUUUGUGGAAAAGCAGAAAAGAAAGAUUCAGAAGUUUAGCGCGCUUCUGUUGAAGAGCGUACAAAAGAUAUUAGGAGAACAUAAUUGUGUCUUGGCCGACGUGAAAACUCGGUCAGAUCGAUACUUGAAAUAAACGGGGCCUUAGUAAAAAGUUAUGUAAUUCAAAAGCACUGUCGUUACAACUGUCAACGAUUUAAUUUUUCUAAACUCUCCUAAUUAAGAAAGUUAACUAUGUCGACACGUCACAAGCAUACACGUGGGAUCUGUGCGUUAUUUUACGAGUGAUGUUAUUUCUCGUAGAAAACGUUUGAUCACUGCAUAUUUAACAAAGCGGUUAAACUCAAAGUUGCUCGAUUUUGUUGAAUAACACUAAAUGCAGUUACACAUAGUUCAUAUAUAUAUAUA